CGACGUUCGGCAAGGGCAUCGGCAGCGGCGAGAGCGCCGCGCUGCGGCAGAGGCCGAUAUCCCUAGUUAAGAAGAGAAAUCUCGCCCGUGGUGCAUUCCGCUUCUCGUCAAGGACACGCCCACGAUACCGAGCUCACAUGUCGGAGAGCACUAUAUUUCGCCCGUCAAGAUGAAGUCCCUUCUAUCUACUGCCACCAAGGCAUUUGCCUUGCUGAACCUUCUAGGUAGCCAUGUUACAAACGUGCUGGCCGCGCCGUCGGCCGGCUGCGGCAAGACGCCAACCAUCACGUCGGGGCAGGCACGCACCCUGACGGUCAACGGCAAGCAGCGGCAGUACAUCGUGCGGCUGCCCGAGGGCUACGACAGCAGCCAGCCGCACCGGCUCGUCUUCACCUUCCACGCCCUGGGCGGCAACAUGAACCAGAUCGCGACGGGCAACGAGGCCUACUACGGCCUGCCGCCGUUCGCCAACGGCAGCGCCAUCUUCGUCUCGCCCAACGGCCAGACGGCCGGGUCGGCCUUUGGCCUGAUGGGCUGGGGCAACGUGGGCGGCGAGGACAUGCUGUUCGUGGACGCCAUGCUGGCCGCCGUCGAGGCCGACCUGUGCGUCGAAACGACGCUGCGCUUCUCGACGGGCUUCUCGUACGGCGGCGCCAUCUCGUACGCAAUCGCGUGCGCGCGCGCCGACGAGUUCCGCGCCGUCGCCCUCAUGUCGGCCGGCAUCGUCAGCGGCUGCCAGGGCGGCACCAAGCCCAUCGCGUACUACCACCAGCACGGCGCGCGCGACCAGGUGCUGCCCAUCACGGGCGGCCGCCAGAUGCGCGACACGUUUGUGCGCAACAACGGCUGCGCCGCACAGGCGGCCGAGCCGCAGCCGCCGUCAGGCGGGCUGACAAAGGUCGACUACGCCGGCUGCGACCCGGAGCAUCCGACCACCUGGGUCGUAUUCGACGGCGACCACACGCCUUCGCCCCGCCUGAGCAGCCAGUCGGGCAACUUCUCGCCGCGCUAUAUCUGGGAAUUCUUUUCUCAGUUCAGUUAGGGGGCUCUUGAGAUCAGGUGGUGGGUCUCCUGGUACAUGUUCUUUGAACCGAGGAAACUCCAUUUAUAAGGGCUACUCUAGGCAGCAGUUUCGGUAUUACAGGAUUCAUGGGAGGUGGCUGGGAGGUGGACACUUGCCUUGAGUUUGGUAGGAGGCUAGGCUCGGCGAGUCGCCGCCAAAUGCCCAGGCAGAGGACGGCGACUCGGGACAGGAGACAGGA